GAUGGUAUCUUAGUUGGCUGCAAGUGAAACAAGUAGAUACAGAUGUAUAGCUGACAGAUGACAAACAUGAAGACCUCCUUCACACACUGGGCGUUUGUUGGACCAAACCUCUGGGCCAUUAUAUCACUGAUCCUCAUUCCACUAACCAGAGCGGGUGAAAGUACUUCAGUGACAAGUGAUAGCUGUGGUACGUACAUCAGUUUAAAGAAAGAAACACAUGCCGUACAUUGGAAAGGUGAUGUUCUAAGAGUUGACUGCACCAUUUACAUACAAAACGAUGCUAUGUAUGAAAACACUCUAUGUGCUAAAGCAGUGGAAUAUGAUGUGAAGGAUCAAGGGUUCAUUCUCACCUUCCUGUCAGGGUCAUCAUACAAUGAAGACACAAAGUACUUCACUGCUUCUGAAACCAAAGGCAACAUAUCCUACUGUGCUAGAAAAAGGUACACCCUGGCACUGCAAUUCUCCACUGGUACCAGGAAGUCAGACUCCCACGUAUACCUGAAGAUAACGCAGACACCAUUCAGGCCAAGUAAAAGUUUAAGACCCAACACAAGGGAACACUUACCACAGGUAAUGUACAGACUGAUGGGAGGUAUUGGAUCAGCCAUCAUGGUGGCCCUGAUGGCUUCAGUCAUUGUAAAUCGACGUCGUAGAUCUAGACUAGGUAGAGGUGGAAUAGUUAUCAGGCGAGCAGGCGAGACUGAUCAUGAACAGGGUGAGGAAAUGGUUGCUUUCAACCCAUCAUCACGUAAUAACCCUAGAACUUUCCCAGCGACAGGUGCACAAACUCGUUACAAGGAACCAUCUCAUGUGUACCCAACCCAGCAACCCAUCCGGCCACCUGCCUAUUCUGAAAUACAAAAUGAUCAAGCUAAUUUCAAGCAAUACCCAGAUUCAGCUCCACCAAGGUAUGAGGACAUCGCUGACUCAAAAUCUCAGCCAAACACUUCCAGCAUGUGAACUUGUUUUUGAGUCGUGUAUUGAUUUCUGAAGAGGCUUUUGGAAUUAGUAUCACACAAACAGGCAAUCUAAAAUUUCUUGUAAUGAUUUUAAAACUUACCUAAAAGUCUGUUAGUUUGUUGUAUGGUGGAGCAUCAGUAAUCUGUCUGCCUAUCGUCCUUUUGUCAAAUUUGUUUUUUAAAGCUUCUUUUUUAGAACAGGAAGAGCUGGUAUUCAGAUGUCUGGCCAGUAGUAUACUUUGAAAUUUGAAUGGAGUGCUAAUUUUUGUUUUUUGUUUUUGUUUUUGUACAUGAUUUACAUUGGUCUUCAUGGUGUAGGGAUUAGAAGUGUGUUCCAAAAUCAGGACUUCCUGAAGCAUCAUCGAGAUUAAAGCAAUAUAUGGGUGUGUCAUGUACGCAAGAAUUGUAAAUUGUUUUUGAUAUGUAUGUUUAGAUAAAGUUCAACUUUUAUGUAAUCAAGUUUCUGAAGGUCAAGGAAGUUAUCAUGCACUAGUAACUAUAUAUACUUUCCUUAAAUUGAUGACUGUAUUUUAAUUCCGAGGUCACAACUGAUCAGGUAUAACAUUUGGUACUACAAAAAAUGUCAAAAGAUAACAAAAAAUGCAGACUUUAACGACCAGAAGUGGGAAUUGUUUUGUUAGAUAAUGUGUCGAGAACAAAUAUUAGCUUUAAACAGUUGAGUUGGCAUAAAGAUUACCCUAGUAGUAAUAAGAUAAUGGUAAAGAGCUGUAAGAAUCAGUGUUACAAUCUUAGUUACACACAUAGGCAUGCAUUUUCAAUUAUAAAAGAUUUUAUCUCACAUUCAGUGUCACUUGGAUCCUUGGUAAAUCAUUUACAUCUGUAAAUGUAUCAGAUUCCAAUUCCUUAAUGCUGUAGCCACUUACAAGCUACUGUAACAGGCUUCUGACUACAGCUUGCUAUUGAUGUCAAACAUGUUGAUCAUGAAAUGAAAAUUAUCAUUAUCUCCGAAAUGUAACAAAAUACAACAUCACAGCACCAUGCUCUUCAAUCUCAUGGGAAUCUGUCUUGUGAAAUAAUACUGAAACAAUAAACUCCAAAUUGAUUUGUUAUGUACAUAAUUGCUGGACAUGAAAAGAUUGACACACUCAGUCUCUUAUAGUUUCUGCUAUAACUCAUAAUUUGAUGUCCCUUGAUAAUGUAAUUCUAAAGUCAUGAAUUAUCAAUGUUCUCUUGGAUAAGUGUCAGGUUAUUUAAUGUAUAAGACAAAAUGAAUGCAAUCAUUCAGCUAGGAUAAUCAAUGAGAUCUAGCUACAACCUGGGGACUUAUUCCCAUCAAGAAACAUACAGAACUGAAAUUUUUAAGAUCCUUGCCAAUGAAACAAUUGUACAUAGAUAAAGACAUCUCGAGCUGGGUUUAUUUCAUAUGAAGCAUUCUUGCACCAAUGGAAAGUAACUGGUAGCCAAAUAUGGAAAAGAAAUUUCAAGAUAGAUUUGAUCAGAAGAUUUAAUCAUCAUUGCCUAGGUCAGUACUUUUUUAUUUUGGAUUGUUGUAAAUUUUGCACUCCCUGUUACAUUUUGAUAACAACGAGAAUGAUGCUACAGAAACGUGUCUGAAAUGUUUAACAAUUAUUGAAAUAUGUAUUAUUUUUCAUUAUUUGUUUACAUUGUUUUGUCAGUAAUGGCUUUGAUGUGCGUUGUGUAAUUCAUUGUGUUAUCCAUCCAUGUUUCAGUUUAUUUAAUUGUUUACAGAUAACUGUCAAAUUAUUGAAUUCAGUGUAUGUGUUAUGACCAUACUACAUUUUAGUUUGAAAGUGUUGGCAACAGAACUCACAGGUAACAGAUGAACUUAUGGCAAACUCAAUAAACAUUUUAGGAUGCAAAACAAUAUGUUGACUAAUACUUACUUUGUUUAUAUCAACAACAACUGUGAAACAAGCCAUCAACUUAUAUCAAUCACUCUUGCUGGCCCAGAUGGAAGCACGUAAGGGGAUUUACUGUAGGUGGAGACCAGAGUACACAAGGAAAACAAAAACCCACAUGGUCAGGCAGGUGAUUCCAUACCAUGUCCAUUCUAGGAACCAAACCCCAAACAUCUAAGGGAAAGGCGAGUUAUUACCUCUUGGCCACCCGACCACCCAAUAGUAUACCAGUUUAGUGAGAAAAAAUGAAAUAGGGCAUUUUAAAAUUUCGUUAAUUUAUAAAGCUGAUACUAUAAAUAUACUCUACAUGUUUUUACAUGACAUAGCUUUACUUAGAUUUACAUGACAUGUGAUAAUGGCAAAUAAUUUUUAUAGCAUGGCAUGAAGCAGGAGACAUUUGAAUGCUAAUUUGUUUUAUCUGAAAUAGAUUAUUUUUUCCCAAAAACCAUUUCAAACUAUAUGUACAGUUUCCUAAUCUAUACCUGUACUUCCAUCAGCAAUUCUUAAAACAAGAUCUGUAAGAGAAUAAUUAAAGAGAUAUUUAAUUAUAUUUCAGGAUUUUGCUCAUGAAAUGUCAACAACAUUUGAAAAAAAAUGAACUGAAUUUUAUCCAAAAUUUGCAUAUUGAUGAAAUGAAUCUGUCAUGUUGAUCACUGGAUCUAGGUUUUCAUUUCAGUGAAUUAUGAAAGAAAAAGCAGACACUGUAUCAUUAUUGUCAUUGCUUCACAUGUCAUAGACUCAGAAUAACUGGAUUUGUAGUCAAUUAGGAAAAAUCGAAUGAUAUUUUUUGUAGUGAUAAAAAUCAGUUUCAUACCAUCUGCCUCCAAAGUAAGACUGCAAAAGUUUUAUAUAACAAAGUUAUACAAGUACAGAUCUCCUCAUAAAUCAACGUUUAAAUUUGGCUGAUAGAGUAAGGAACUAAUUGAUUUUUUUAAAAAUGAAAUUGAAGCAUUAGUGAUUUGGAAGCCCCGAAAUAUAGUUUUUCACAAUGACACUGAAUGUGAGACUUUGUGUCGAAACACUUUUUUGUUAAUGUAUAUGUAAUUGUGUAUUUUGUCAGAAAUGGAAAUAUUUAAUCCUUCUUUUUGGGAGGAGAGGCUAUGUACACUUUACUUACUAAUAUUUGCUGGAGAGUAGAAUUGAUGAGAUAGAAAAACCUGAACUGUGUUCCAGGAAGUGUAUCACAGCUGGUGUCAUUAUGGCAAAUUGUUUAUAAUUAAUUUUUUCUGAUGUUCUAUAAUUUUUUUUACACUGACACCAGACUGAUGUAAAACUGAAGAGAAAGUGUCAGAAUAAUUUGGACUUGAUUAUCAGCAGCAUUGUUUGAUUGUUUUGCUUGUUCUACUUGAUGGAAAGUUAUCUUUUAUAAUAAUUGUCUAUUGUCCAUAAAUUCCUCAGGAAGAAGGUUAAUUUUUUGAGUAAAGAGCAUAAUCAUAUAACUGAUAAGUACAUUGUAAGUAUAAGGUGAAAAAAAUCUUAGGCUUUAAAAAGUAGAUAUAAUCACAGGUAAAUUCUUACUUGCAUAGGUUAUAUAUUUUAUGAAUGCUAUGUAUAAGAUUGCUGAUUUUUAAUGUUCUAAUAUUUAUCCAGCAAUGAGCCCUAAGAGCUAGCAUGUUUCACCUUACUAUAUAAGUCGGGUGAUGGACUAAUCAUGAAAAAUAUGAAAGAGCAUUUGGUUUUAUUUAAACUGGUUUUAUAUUAUUCGACAUACUGUCAACAGCUUUGACCAGGAGCAUUAUUUAUGGUUGGAUAUUACCAGACGUGGGUUUAUUGUCAGAUGAAUAAAGUAUAAAAAGGCAAAGCUAAUUGUGUUAAUGGUAUACAUGAAGUAUUAAGUUUUGAUUACUUCUGUGUUUGAGGAAGCUUUAUGUAGGAGUUAAUGUAUUCCUGAUUAGAGUUUAAUCAUAAAGUGAUGAAUUUGUGUCAACUUUGUUUAAAUGUGUUCAAUGAAAUAUUCAGGAAAUAGUUAAUGAUAUAACACAUUUUUUUCAUCAAGUUUGUAAGUUUAUAAAUAUGAAACAAAAUACAGCAUGAUCAACUUUCAUGCGUCAAUCCAAACAUUGUUUAACAACUAUAGUACAUUUGGAAUGUACAAUGAAAUUGACAAAAGUAUUUUUACCAUAAUAUUUAUGUUGUAGUGCACAAAUGCAGAAGACAUGCUUACCAUCUUUAAAAAACAGUUUUCACAUACCAUUGGUCUUAUUAAGGUGUAGGGACAACACUAUGGUAAAUUUAUAUCAUUGGUUGCAAUUUGAAAAAGUCUGUUUACAUUAAUUCAUGACAUAUACUAAUUUGACGUGUUUCCAAUGGAAGGAAACUAAAAAUACACGUUAUUGAUAUUUUCAUAUGAUGAAACCAGAAAUCAUAUGUGCACAUAUAUACUUUCAGCUGACCAUCUUAGGUGGUGGGCUGAUAAAAUUGCUGUGUGUCCUCCUAUCUCUGAACAAUUCUUGUUAUUGCUAUUUCUUGGUAUAAGCUUAAUGAAUCUUUCUCAAAUUUUAUAUAUAGGUUUGCCUUUUGUCCCUAGUUGUGCCCUUAGAUUUUGAGACUGGAUUUUGAGACUGAUAAAAAAAACAAAACAUGGUUGAAAGGUGGCUUUGUUGGAUUUGACUUUGAAAGGUAGCACUGAAUGCAUCUUUCUCAAUUUUCAUAUGUAUAUGUAUAUAUUUUAUAUAUAUUUCAUAUAUAAUGACAGAGUGGCAACAAUCUUUGAUUGGACUGGUGAAUAUUAUUAUUGAUAUUUCUUCCAAGGAAUUCUCAAAUUUCACUUAAUUAAGGGAAAAUAAGAGGAAAGUGAAAAGAAGGAAUAAGAUCAAACUUUUAAAGAACAAAUGAAGAACAAACAAAGAUUAAAUGAUGGUAAGCACAAAGAUCCCUCAGGGAUAAUGUAUUGUUUGUGGUUGUCUUUUACACUUUUAUCUCUUUUGACUGGACUGCAUGAUGGUCAGUUUUACUAAAGUUUUAUAAAUCAAUUUACACUAAAUACAUGUGAUAGGUCUGAGAGCCUUGUACAAAGAUACAUUGUUUAUGCUUUAAAUAUUCUCUCAGACAUCUUACUUGUUGCUUUUAAUAGAGUUUUCCCAUACACAUUGUACCUAUCUGUGAGUUAUCUCCCUUACACAUACUCUGCGUUUUAGUUAUCACCCUUAAAUGCUAGACUGCGCGGAGUAAUAUAUUGUACCAAGUGUUUAUAGUUAUCUCCCAUACAUCAUUGUACGAUCAUUUGAUCAACAGGGAAAGGUUUGUGUGUUAGUUUCAUAUAUUCUUAAGUGUGCUUGUAAGGGCCAUAGUCCUUUCACAGCAUACUGUGUUUUUGUCAGUUAUCUCCCUUACACGACCUAAUGUUUAUUUCAGAUUUUCUCCCUGGCACAUUGUACUAUUUGUUAUUUUUUAGGAUUAUCACACUUACACAGUUUACAUGUGCAUAGGAUGUAUGUUAGAAUUACAACUGAUGGUUGCAACACUGUUGUUCAUUCUUGGAAAUGGAAUAUGGCAGGACUUCACAAAGAUUUUCAGGACAUGUGUUGAAAAUUUAUGCAUAGAUCUGACAUUUUCCUUUCAAAUGUUAAUCGAUAAAUAGAUGAAUGGUCCGUCCUCAUAACUAGAAAUAAAUGCCCUUGUGGUCUUUGGCAGAUUUUUUCCCCUCACAAAUUUUAUUGUAUAAGAGUUAUAACUCUUACAAACCAUAUUGUUUUGUACAGAAAAGAAUUAGCAAUGAACACAUUUCCUUUUGUGUGUUUUAUUUAUUUUUUCAAAAUUGUUUCAAACAGAAAUGGCUAAUCUUGUUGACCCCAAUUUACCAUACGAAAGGAAGCCUCAGUCAACUAUAAAGAGAUGAAAGCCUGGUUUACAUGUGUUACCAUCCUUAUAACCAGGGACCUUACUUAUGGACUGGAUGCUUAAUUCAAUAGCAAUGUAGUAACAUUAAAAAAAUGAUGCUAUCCAUGAUUGAUGAAACUCCUACUUUUGACAGCAACAAUAACAUUAGUUUUUUGGCUGGUUGGGUUUAUGUGGAAAAGUUGUCACAGUGUAUCAGUUACCCUUAGUCAAUAACAGGAGUUUCAUGUUACAUUCAAAACAAACAAAAACAAAACUCUGGUGUACAAUUUCCAGCAGAUGGUAUAUGUAAUGUGACAAUAUAUAUCUAUUAUUUAUUCUAAUCCAGUCAACUUAACUUUGCACCUUUCUGAACUAAAGGAUUUUUUUACUGUUAAAGGUAUAUAGAGUUGUGUAAUACAAAUAACACACCUGUUUAUAUUAACACUGUGAAUGGAUUUUUUUAGUGGUAUUUUUUAUGUGUUGUUGGAUUGUGUUUCUAUUUAUAGAUUGUUGACACCUUGAUUAAUAGAUAUUGUCCUAACCAUUUGUUUUAUCUAGUACCUCUACAAAAUUUUCUUCUUAUAUUCUUAAACGUCUAGUUAAACUUCAGAUUUGUUACUAUCAUAUUUAUAGCAGUUUUGUAUCUGUUUUUAAUACUUUGUGUGUUGGUUGAGUUUUUUCACUAGUAUUAUUGUGUGCCAAUGUUUUUCACAGAGUUGUAAAGCCAUGUUUCAAAAUUGACCAAUCCCUAAUUGCUGUUGAUUUGCCUUUAUUUACUACAACAAGGUGUUUAUAUGUUGUAUAUGUUGUUAUGAUUUGGUAAGUAUUUGGCUUAAACCUUUUCAAAUUAUUAGAAGAACCAAUAGAAUUGCUUUCCACAGGUUGAAAAUUGUUAAUUUUAUAGGUUGAUAAUUUUCAAGGUGACCUUAGUUUGAAGUCAUGUAGAAUGAUGUUUAGCUAAAAAUUUGAACAGAGUCCCUUCAAAGGAAUGAUGUUCCAAAAUGUUGUUGUUGUUGGAAAUACAUUUGCAUGUUAAUCAUGGUGCAAUGCCCCACUCCUUGCCUUCCCUCACCCUCACCCCCACCCCCCACCCCCAGAUCUUGUUGUUUAUGGAAAUGUUGUAGUCCUAUAACAUGUUUUAUAGGAACAUACUUAAUCACCACCAACACAUUUCACUGUUAAAAUCAAUGUUAUUGUUACUUACUAAAAUUUGUGAUGUUUUAUUAUCUACUCAAGGAUUAAUGGAUAUAAUUGUCAAAAUAAAUAUCUUAAAACAAA